AUGUCCAACAUUGACGGUAAAUUACCUGACAUCUUAAGCGAUGCUGUGUUGAAGCAAUCUGUUCCAGUGCCUGAUAAUUUUGUUAAGGUCGAAGGUAUUGAUUACAGCAAACCAGAAUCACGCAACAUGCGUUCUAAGGAUUUAAUUAAAUCGAUGGCUACUAUGGGCUUCCAGGCGUCUUCUUUGGGAAAAGCCUGCGAUAUUAUCGAUGAGAUGAGAUCCUGGAGAGGUGAACAUCGUGACAAGUUGGAAGAACAUGACCGCAAGGGUUCUUUUGACAAUGAUGGGUACCAAAAGACUACUAUCUUUAUGGGUUACACUUCGAAUUUGAUUUCUUCUGGCUUGCGUGAGACUUUACGUUUCUUGGUUCAGAAUAAGAUGGUCGAUGCCAUUGUUGCAACUGCAGGCGGUGUUGAAGAAGAUAUCAUCAAGUGUUUGGCUGACACUUACCUUGGUGAGUUUUCUUUACCUGGUAAAGGGUUACGUGACCAAGGUAUGAACCGUAUUGGUAAUUUGCUGGUUCCUAACGACAACUAUUGUAAGUUUGAAGAAUGGAUCGUUCCAAUCUUGGACAAGAUGCUUGAAGAACAAGAAAACUACGUCGAAUCUCAGGGUAAAGACUGUUUGGAUAGCAACUUCGAUCAAGACUCUCCGGUAUGGACUCCUUCCAAGUUGAUCCGUAGGUUAGGUAAAGAGAUCAACGAUGAAUCCAGUGUUCUAUACUGGGCUUAUAAGAACGAUAUCCCAAUCUUUUGUCCUGCUGUCACCGAUGGUUCCAUUGGUGAUAUGUUGUUUUUCCAUACCUUCAAGGCAUCUCCUAAACAGUUGAGACUAGAUAUUGUUUCUGAUAUUCGUAAGAUUAACUCUAUGUCUAUGGAAGCAUCACGGGCAGGUAUGAUUAUCCUUGGUGGUGGGUUAAUCAAACAUCACAUCGCAAACGCAUGUUUGAUGAGAAACGGUGCAGAUUACGCUGUUUAUAUCAACACGGGUCAAGAAUUUGACGGUUCUGAUGCUGGUGCAAGACCAGAUGAGGCUGUUUCCUGGGGUAAGAUUAAAGCAGACGCUAAGUCCGUUAAGGUCUAUGCAGAUGCCACUGUCGUUUUCCCAUUAGUCGUCGCUGCCACUUUUGCUAGCGAAUAG